AACUGUUGCUUUCGGUCAAAAUGAAUCGUUUAUCGUCCAUCAGAACGAUGUACCCACGGGACGGUGAUACCCCCGAGACUCACUGACCAUGAGAUAACACCUUCACAGCAAAAUCUGGCACGAUGCAACAAGACUAUACACAUGGCCAAAUCGAAACGUCACAAAAGAAGUUUGGGUACCUAUCAACUUAUUCUGUGGAGUGUCAAUGAUAUCCGUAACCGGGUGUCUGGUUGCAGAUGUCGAGAUGUAUAAUGAGAGAAUGCUUGGACAUAUGGAAGGAGAAAUCAACCCAGAGUCGAUAACUUCCUUCAUCGGGCUUGCAGUACUAGUUCAUAUAGUUGGGCUAGGUUGGUUCGAUAUGAGCUCAAUUUAUGCUUCAGAAACUUUACUACCAUGUGGGUGGAAGAGCUACGCAGUUCUUGUGGUUUUUGAAAGACCACCAGAUAAUCCACCGUCGUUUCCUGUGAUCAAUCAUAUACUUCGAGACAAAUCGUCGUUAUAUAUAACAGCUCGGGCAAAAGUCAUACAACCUGCUUCAACUAUUGCGGUCUGCCAGGUGUGUGGGGAAUGUGGUCUAGUGGGUUCUGCUAUCUCCUGUCCCAAUGAAAGUUUGACCUACACUUGGCUGAGAAUGUCAAUGUACAUCCAGAGGCAGUACUGCCCAUCUGAAAAGGCUACAUUUACGAUUGUGGUUUAGUUCUGGAACCAGGGAAAACCAUGGUGAGAUACUUCUUCUACGUGAUAACUACGAACUGCCGGUUUCAGGAAUCAGGGCUCAGGUUCUCGGCGUAAAAAUGCAAACCUAUACGCUGAAAUCAUAUUGUCAUAGUGACGGCCAGUGCCAGAUGCGCAGGUAAAUGGAGGACAACAAGAAUAAAAUAACUGGCGAUUGU